AUGGGUCUAGAGAUGGCUCUGCCGAACCCUUCCACGAGAAAACCGAGACCCUUUUCUCAAAAAAAGCCGAGUAGCUCGAAAAGCAAGCUUGUGACCUGCAAAACCACCAAGGACCGCCAUGCAAAGGUUGAUGGCCGAGACAGGCGCAUCAGGCUGCCGCCCGUGUGUGCUGCUAGGAUUUUCCAGCUCACUCGAGAGCUUGGGUACAAGACCGAUGGCGAGACCAUAGCAUGGCUCUUGCGCCAAGCUGAGCCAUCGAUCAUUGCAGCGACAGGCACUGGAAUCUCCUCGCCUGGUUCCACUACUCCUCCUGCUCUUUCCACCCCAACUACUGGUUUGGCUCCAUUCUCCUCUGGGCCGCUUUUGUUUUCAUCGGAUUGCUCGCCUUCUUUGACCUUUUGUGAGCCGAAAGUUGUCUCUGAAAAUCAGGAUGUGGUGAAGAGGUCUGUGGUUUCGAGGGCUGAACCUGUUUUGCCACCUUUCGAGUUUGAUUUGGUUACAAACUUUGAUUUGGAAUUCUCUGCCAAUGAGAUUGCAAUGCUGCAAUCGGUGACAGGAACUCAUGGCACAGAAGGCAAAGAUUGA